AUGCCGAAUGCCACCCCUAAUAUCGACUCUAAUAUCACCCAUAAUAUUGGCCCUAAUAUCAACCCGAAUAUCACCCCCCCGAAUGCUACACCGAAUGCCACAUCUAAUGAAAUCUCUAUCUCACAGCUGUUCCUUUAUUCAAAGAACUACGUCAACAGGGGUAUGGAGCAUGUGGAACCACUCAUUCAAACCAGGUUCCAGCAGUACUAG